UCAAAACAGCUUUGUGACGAGACUGCAAUCCAGUUGGCAAGUGAUAGUGAUUGCGAUUCUGACAGUGCUUCUUUGUGGAGUGACUGGUGCCCUCUCUGCUCAGAUAAACAAACAACAAAGUUUGACAGCAGAAUUACAUCUGAUGGGAAAGCAAAACUUCACCUUGCUGUCUGCUGAGAAGACCCAGCUGAGCCUUCUCUUGAAGGAGACAAUGCAAGAAAAAACACAGUUGCAAGCAGAGAACAACAAGCUGAGGCAACUUCUGAACUUCACCCAUCUGGAAAAUGAGCAUAACGCACUGAAGCUGCUCAUGAAUGCAACACAGUGCAACUUCACCUUGUCUGCAGAAAAGACCCAGCUGAGCCUGCUGUUGAAGGACACAUUGGAAGAAAAAACACAGUUGCAAGAGGAGAACAAAGAGCUGAAGCAACUUCUGAACUUCACCCUUCCAGAAAGUGUGCAUGGACAAUUGAAGCUGCUCAUGAACACAACAAGGUGCAACCUUACCUUGAUGUCUGCAAAAGAAAACCAGCUGAAGCUGCUCUUGAAGAAUGCAUUGGAAGAAAAGACACAGUUGCAAGAGGAGAACAAAGAGCUGAAGCAACAUCUGAACACCACCUACCCAAAUGUCAACUUUCAAGAAAGUGAGCAUGGCCAACUGAAGCUACUCGUGAAUGCAACAAGGUACAACUUCACCUUCUUGUCUGCAGAGAAAAACAAGCUGAGCCUGCUCUUGAAGAACACAUUGGAAGAAAAGACACAGUUGCAAGAGGAGUACAAAGAGCUGAAGCAACUUCUGAACUCUACUUACCCAAACUUCACCCUUCCAAAGUGUGGCCAACUGAAGCUGCUCAUGAACUCCACACGUUACAACUUCACCUUGUUGUCUGCUGAAAAGACCCAGCUGAGCCUGUUGUUGAAGAACACAGUGCAAGAAAAGACACAGCUGCAGUUGGAAAACAAAGAGUUGAAGCAACUUCUGAACUUCACCUUUCCAGAAAGUGAGCAUGGUCAACUGAAGCUCCUCAUAAAUGCAACGAACUACAACUUCACCUUGUCUGCAAAUAAAAAACAGCUGAACCUGCUCUUGAAGAACGCAUUGGAAGAAAAGACACAGUUGCAAGAGGAGAACAAAGAGCUGAAGCAACUUCUGAACUCCACUUACCCAAACUUCACCCUUCCAAAGUGUGGCCAACUGAAGCUCCUCAUGAAUGCAACACGUUACAACUUCACCUUGUUGUCUGCAGAGAAAACCAAGCUGAGUCUGGUCUUGAAGGAGACAAUGCAAGAAAAAACACACUUGCAAGAGGAGAACAACGAGCUGAAACAACUUCUGAACCUCACCAUUCCAGAAAAUGAGUAUGGCCAACUGAAGCAGCUCAUAAAUGCAACAAAGUGCAACUUCACCUUGCUCUCAGCAGAAAAGACCCAGCUGAACCUUCUCUUGAAGAAUACAGUGCAAGAAAAGAGACAGCUGCAGGUGGAAAACAAAGAGCUGAAGCAACUUCUGAUCUUCACCCUUCCAGAAAAUGUGCAUGGAGAAUUGAAGCUGCUCAUGAACACAACAAGGUGCAACCUUACCUUGGUGUCUGCAAAAGAAAACCAGCUGAACCUUCUCUUGAAGAAUGCAUUGGAAGAAAAGACGCAGUUGCAAGAGGAGAACAAAGAGCUGAAGCAACUUCUGAACUCUACUUACCCAAACUUCACCCUUCCAAAGUGUGGCCAACUGAAGCUGCUCAUGAACUCCACACGUUACAACUUCACCUUGUUGUCUGCUGAAAAGACCCAGCUGAGCCUGCUGUUGAAGAACACAGUGCAAGAAAAGACACAGUUGCAGUUGGAAAACAAAGAGUUGAAGCAACUUCUGAACUUCACCCUUCCAGAAAGUGAGCAUGGUCAACUGAAGCUCCUCAUAAAUGCAACAAACUACAACUUCACCUUGUCUGCAGAAAAAAAACAGCUGAACCUGCUCUUGAAGAACGCAUUGGAAGAAAAGACACAGUUGCGAGAGGAGAACAAAGAGCUGAAGCAACUUCUGAACUCCACUUACCCAAACUUCACCCUUCCAAAGUGUGGCCAACUGAAGCUCCUCAUGAAUGCAACAAGGUACAACUUCACCUUGUUGUCUGCGGAGAAAACCAAGCUGAGUCUGGUCUUGAAGGAGACAAUGCAAGAAAAAACACACUUGCAAGAGGAGAACAACGAGCUGAAACAACUUCUGAACCUCACCAUUCCAGAAAAUGAGUAUGGCCCACUGAAGCAACUCAUAAAUGCAACAAAGUGCAACUUCACCUUGCUCUCAGCAGAAAAGACCCAGCUGAACCUUCUCUUGAAGAACACAGUGCAAGAAAAGAGAAGGCUGCAGGUGGAAAACAAAGAGCUGAAGCAACUUCUGAUCUUCACCCUUCCAGAAAAUGUGCAUGGACAAUUGAAGCUGCUCAUGAACACAACAAGGUGCAACCUUACCUUGGUGUCUGCAAAAGAAAGCCAGCUGAACCUUCUCUUGAAGAAUGCAUUGGAAGAAAAGACACAGUUGCAAGAGGAGAACAAAGAGCUGAAGCAACUUGUGAACUCCACUUACCCAAACUUCACCCUUCCAAAGUGUGGCCAACUGAAGCUCCUCAUGAAUGCAGCAAGGUACAACUUCACCUUGUUGUCUGCAGAGAAAACCAAGCUGAGCCUGUUCUUGAAGGAGACAAUGCAAGAAAAAACAAAGUUGCAGGUGGAGUACAAAGAGCUGAAGCAACUUCUGAACUCUAAUUACCCAAACUUCACCCUUCCAAAGUGUGGCCAACUGAAGCUCCUCAUGAACGCAACACGUUACAACUUCACCUUGUUGUCUGCUGAAAAGACCCAGCUGAGCCUGCUGUUGAAGAACAUGGUGCAAGAAAAGACACAGUUGCAAGAGGAGAACAAAGAGCUGAAGCAUCUUCUGAACUAUACUUACCCAAAUGUCAACUUUCCAGAAAGUGAGCAUGGCCAACUGAAGCUCCUCAUGAAUGCAACAAACUACAACUUCACCUUGCUGUCUGCAGAAAAAACCCAGCUGAACCUGCUCUUGAAGAACACAUUGGAAGAAAAGACACAGUUGCAAGAGGAGAACAAAGAGCUGAAGCAACUUCUGAACUCCACUUACCCAAACAUCACCCUUCCAAAGUGUGGCCAACUGAAGCUGCUCAUGAAUGCAACAAGGUACAACUUCACCUUGUUGUCUGCAGAGAAAACCAAGCUGAGUCUGGUCUUGAAGGAGACAAUGCAAGAAAAAACACAGUUGCUGGAGGAGUGCAAAGAGCUGAAGCAACUUCUGAAGUCCACUUACCCAAACUUCACCCUUCAAAAGUGUGGCCAACUGAAGCUGCUCAUGAACGCAACACGUUACAACUUCACCUUGUUGUCUGCUGAAAAGACCCAGCUGAGCCUGCUGUUGAAGAACACUAUGCAUGAAAAGAGACAGCUGCAGGUGGAAAACAAAGAGCUGAAGCAACUUCUGAACUUCACCCUUCCAGAAAAUGUGCAUGGACAAUUGAAGCUGCUCAUGAACACAACAAGGUGCAACCUUACCUUGGUGUCUGCAAAAGAAAACCAGAUGAAUCUACUCUUGAAGAAUGCAUUGGAAGAAAAGACACAGUUGCAAGAGGAGAACAAAGAGCUGAAGCAACAUCUGAGCACCACUAACCCAAAUGUCAACUUUCCGGAAAGUGAGCUUGGCCAACUGAAGCUCCUCACGAAUGCAACAAGGUACAACUUCACCUUGUUGUCUGCGGAGAAAACCGAGCUGAGCCUGCUCUUGAAGGAGACAAUGCAAGAAAAGACACAGCUGCAGUUGGAAAACAAAGAGCUGAAGCAACUUCUGAACUUCACCCUUCCAGAAAGUGAGCAUGGCCAACUGAAAAUGUGCAUGAACACAACUCAGUACAACUUCACCUUGCUGUCUGCAGAAAAAACCCAGUUGAACCUGCUCUUGAAGAACACAUUGGAAGAAAAGACACAGUUGCAAGAGGAGAACAAAGAGCUGAAGCAACAUCUAAACACCACUAACCCAAACUUCACCCUUCCAAAGUGUGGCCAACUGAAGCUCCUCAUGAAUGCAACAAGGUACAACUUCACCUUGUUGUCUGCGGAGAAAACCAAGCUGAGUCUGGUCUUGAAGGAGACAAUGCAAGAAAAAACACACUUGCAAGAGGAGAACAACGAGCUGAAACAACUUCUGAACCUCACCAUUCCAGAAAAUGAGUAUGGCCCACUGAAGCAACUCAUAAAUGCAACAAAGUGCAACUUCACCUUGCUCUCAGCAGAAAAGACCCAGCUGAACCUUCUCUUGAAGAACACAGUGCAAGAAAAGAGAAGGCUGCAGGUGGAAAACAAAGAGCUGAAGCAACUUCUGAUCUUCACCCUUCCAGAAAAUGUGCAUGGACAAUUGAAGCUGCUCAUGAACACAACAAGGUGCAACCUUACCUUGGUGUCUGCAAAAGAAAGCCAGCUGAACCUUCUCUUGAAGAAUGCAUUGGAAGAAAAGACACAGUUGCAAGAGGAGAACAAAGAGCUGAAGCAACUUGUGAACUCCACUUACCCAAACUUCACCCUUCCAAAGUGUGGCCAACUGAAGCUCCUCAUGAAUGCAGCAAGGUACAACUUCACCUUGUUGUCUGCAGAGAAAACCAAGCUGAGCCUGUUCUUGAAGGAGACAAUGCAAGAAAAAACAAAGUUGCAGGUGGAGUACAAAGAGCUGAAGCAACUUCUGAACUCUAAUUACCCAAACUUCACCCUUCCAAAGUGUGGCCAACUGAAGCUCCUCAUGAACGCAACACGUUACAACUUCACCUUGUUGUCUGCUGAAAAGACCCAGCUGAGCCUGCUGUUGAAGAACAUGGUGCAAGAAAAGACACAGUUGCAAGAGGAGAACAAAGAGCUGAAGCAUCUUCUGAACUAUACUUACCCAAAUGUCAACUUUCCAGAAAGUGAGCAUGGCCAACUGAAGCUCCUCAUGAAUGCAACAAACUACAACUUCACCUUGCUGUCUGCAGAAAAAACCCAGCUGAACCUGCUCUUGAAGAACACAUUGGAAGAAAAGACACAGUUGCAAGAGGAGAACAAAGAGCUGAAGCAACUUCUGAACUCCACUUACCCAAACAUCACCCUUCCAAAGUGUGGCCAACUGAAGCUGCUCAUGAAUGCAACAAGGUACAACUUCACCUUGUUGUCUGCAGAGAAAACCAAGCUGAGUCUGGUCUUGAAGGAGACAAUGCAAGAAAAAACACAGUUGCUGGAGGAGUGCAAAGAGCUGAAGCAACUUCUGAAGUCCACUUACCCAAACUUCACCCUUCAAAAGUGUGGCCAACUGAAGCUGCUCAUGAACGCAACACGUUACAACUUCACCUUGUUGUCUGCUGAAAAGACCCAGCUGAGCCUGCUGUUGAAGAACACUAUGCAUGAAAAGAGACAGCUGCAGGUGGAAAACAAAGAGCUGAAGCAACUUCUGAACUUCACCCUUCCAGAAAAUGUGCAUGGACAAUUGAAGCUGCUCAUGAACACAACAAGGUGCAACCUUACCUUGGUGUCUGCAAAAGAAAACCAGAUGAAUCUACUCUUGAAGAAUGCAUUGGAAGAAAAGACACAGUUGCAAGAGGAGAACAAAGAGCUGAAGCAACAUCUGAGCACCACGAACCCAAAUGUCAACUUUCCGGAAAGUGAGCUUGGCCAACUGAAGCUCCUCACGAAUGCAACAAGGUACAACUUCACCUUGUUGUCUGCGGAGAAAACCGAGCUGAGCCUGCUCUUGAAGGAGACAAUGCAAGAAAAGACACAGCUGCAGUUGGAAAACAAAGAGCUGAAGCAACUUCUGAACUUCACCCUUCCAGAAAGUGAGCAUGGCCAACUGAAAAUGUGCAUGAACACAACUCAGUACAACUUCACCUUGCUGUCUGCAGAAAAAACCCAGUUGAACCUGCUCUUGAAGAACACAUUGGAAGAAAAGACACAGUUGCAAGAGGAGAACAAAGAGCUGAAGCAACAUCUAAACACCACUAACCCAAACUUCACCCUUCCAAAGUGUGGCCAACUGAAGCUCCUCAUGAAUGCAACAAGGUACAACUUCACCUUGUUGUCUGCUGAAAAGACCAAACUGAGCCUGCUGUUCAAGAACACGGUGCAAGAAAAGACACAGUUGCAAGAGGAGAACAAAGAGCUGAAGCAUCUUCUGAACUAUACUUACCCAAAUGUCAACUUUCCAGAAAGUGAGCAUGGCCAACUGAAGCUCCUCAUGAAUGCAACAAACUACAACUUCACCUUGCUGUCUGCAGAAAAAACCCAGCUGAACCUGCUCUUGAAGAACACAUUGGAAGAAAAGACACAGUUGCAAGAGGAGAACAAAGAGCUGAAGCAACUUCUGAACUCCACUUACCCAAACUUCACCCUUCCAAAGUGUGGCCAACUGAAGCUGCUCAUGAAUGCAACAAGGUACAACUUCACCUUGUUGUCUGCAGAGAAAACCAAGCUGAGUCUGGUCUUGAAGGAGACAAUGCAAGAAAAAACACAGUUGCUGGAGGAGUACAAAGAGCUGAAGCAACUUCUGAAGUCCACUUACCCAAACUUCACCCUUCCAAAGUGUGGCCAACUGAAGCUGCUCAUGAACGCAACACGUUACAACUUCACCUUGUUGUCUGCUGAAAAGACCCAGCUGAGCCUGCUGUUGAAGAACACUAUGCAAGAAAAGAGACAGCUGCAGGUGGAAAACAAAGAGCUGAAGCAACUUCUGAACUUCACCCUUCCAGAAAAUGUGCAUGGACAAUUGAAGCUGCUCAUGAACACAACAAGGUGCAACCUUACCUUGGUGUCUGCAAACGAAAACCAGAUGAACCUACUCUUGAAGAAUGCAUUGGAAGAAAAGACACAGUUGCAAGAGGAGAACAAAGAGCUGAAGCAACAUCUGAGCACCACUAACCCAAAUGUCAACUUUCCGGAAAGUGAGCUUGGCCAACUGAAGCUCCUCACGAAUGCAACAAGGUACAACUUCACCUUGUUGUCUGCAGAGAAAACCGAGCUGAGCCUGCUCUUGAAGGAGACAAUGCAAGAAAAGACACAGCUGCAGUUGGAAAACAAAGAGCUGAAGCAACUUCUGAACUUCACCCUUCCAGAAAGUGAGCAUGGCCAACUGAAAAUGUGCAUGAACACAACUCAGUACAACUUCACCUUGCUGUCUGCAGAAAAAACCCAGUUGAACCUGCUCUUGAAGAACACAUUGGAAGAAAAGACACAGUUGCAAGAGGAGAACAAAGAGCUGAAGCAACAUCUGAACACCACUAACCCAAACUUCACCCUUCCAAAGUGUGGCCAACUGAAGCUGCUCAUGAAUGCAACAAGGUACAACUUCACCUUGUUGUCUGCAGAGAAAACCAAGCUGAGUCUGGUCUUGAAGGAGACAAUGCAAGAAAAGACACAGUUGCAAGAGGAGAACAAAGAGCUGAAGCAACUUCUGAACCUCACCAUUCCAGAAAAUGAGUAUGGCCAACUGAAGCAGCUCAUAAAUGCAACAAAGUGCAACUUCACCUUGCUCUCUGCAGAAAAGACCCAGCUGAACCUUCUCUUGAAGAACACAGUGCAAGAAAAGAGACAGCUGCAGGUGGAAAACAAAGAGCUGAAGCAACUUCUGAUCUUCACCCAUCCAGAAAAUGUGCAUGGAGAAUUGAAGCUGCUCAUGAACACAACAAGGUGCAACCUUACCUUGAUGUCUGCAAAAGAAAACCAGCUGAGCCUGGUCUUGAAGGAGACAAUGCAAGAAAAAACACAGUUGCUGGAGGAGUACAAAGAGCUAAAGCAACUUCUGAAGUCUACUUACCCAAACUUCACCCUUCCAAAGUGUGGCCAACUGAAGCUGCUCAUGAACGCAACACGUUACAACUUCACCUUGUUGUCUGCUGAAAAGACCCAGCUGAGCCUGCUGUUGAAGAACAUGGUGCAAGAAAAGACACAGUUGCAAGAGGAGAACAAAGAGCUGAAGCAACUUCUGAACCUCACCAUUCCAGAAAAUGAGUAUGGCCAACUGAAGCAGCUCAUAAAUGCAACAAAGUGCAACUUCACCUUGCUCUCUGCAGAAAAGACCCAGCUGAACCUUCUCUUGAAGAACACAGUGCAAGAAAAGAGAAGGCUGCAGGUGGAAAACAAAGAGCUGAAGCAACUUCUAAUCUUCACCCAUCCAGAAAAUGUGCAUGAAGAAUUGAAGCUGCUCAUGAACACAACAAGGUGCAACCUUACCUUGAUGUCUGCAAAAGAAAACCAGCUGAACCUGCUGUUGAAGAAUGCAUUGGAAGAAAAGACACAGUUGCAAGAGGAGAACAAAGAGCUGAAGCAACUUGUGAACUCCACUUACCCAAACUUCACCCUUCCAAAGUGUGGCCAACUGAAGCUCCUUAUGAAUGCAGCAAGAUACAACUUCACCUUGUUGUUUGCAGAGAAAACCAAGCUGAGCCUGGUCUUGAAGGAGACAAUGCAAGAAAAAACACACUUGCAAGAGGAGAACAAAGAGCUGAAGCAACUUCUGAACUACACCCUUCCAGAAAAUGUGCAUGGACAAUUGAAGCUGCUCAUGAACACAACAAGGUGCAACCUUACCUUGGUGUCUGCAAAAGAAAACCAGCUGAACCUGCUCUUGAAGAAUGCAUUGGAAGAAAAGACACAGUUGCAAAAGGAAAACAAAGAGCUGAAGCAACAUCUAAACACCACUUACCCAAAUGCCAACUUUCCAGAACGUGAGCAUGGCCAACUGAAGCUACUCGUGAAUGCAACGAGGUACAACUUCACCUUGUUGUCUGCAGCGAAAACCGAGCUGAGCCUGCUCUUGAAGGAGACAAUGCAAGAAAAGACACAGCUGCAGUUGGAAAACAAAAAGCUGAAGCAACUUCUGAACUUCACCCUUCCAGAAAGUGAGCAUGGCCAACUGAAGAUGUGCAUGAACACAAGUCAGUACAACUUCACCUUGUUGUCUGCAGAAAAAACCCAGUUGAACCUGUUCUUGAAGAGUGCAUUGGAAGAAAAGACACAGUUGCAAGAGGAGAACAAAGAGCUGAAGCAACUUGUGAACUCCACUUACCCAAACUUCACCCUUCCAAAGUGUGGACAACUGAAGCUGCUCAUGAACGCAACACGUUACAACUUUACCUUGUUGUCUGGUGAAAAAACCCAGCUGAGCCUGCUGUUGAAGAACACGAUGCAAGAAAAGACACAGCUGCAGUUGGAAAACAAAGAGCUGAAGCAACUUCUGAACUUCACCCUUCCAGAAAAUGUGCAUGGACAAUUGAAGCUGCUCAUGAACACAACAAGGUGCAACCUUACCUUGGUGUCUGCAAAAGAAAACCAGCUGAACCUGCUGUUGAAGAAUGCAUUGGAAGAAAAGACACAGUUGCAAGAGGAGAACAAAGAGCUGAAGCAACUUCUGAACUCCACUUACCCAAACUUCACCCUUCCAAAGUGUGGCCAACUGAAGCUCCUCAUGAAUGCAACAAGGUACAACUUCACCUUGUUGUCUGCAGAGAAAACCAAGCUGAGUCUGGUCUUAAAGGAGACAAUGCAAGAAAAAACACAGUUGCAAGAGGAAAACAAAGAGCUGAAGCAUCUUCUGAACUUCACUCUUCCAGAAAAUGUCCAUGGCCAACUGAAGCUGUUCAUGAACACAACUCCUUGCAACUUCACCUUGCUGUCUGCAGAAUUGAAGAUGUUCAUGAACACAACUCCGUGCAACUUCACUUUGCUGUCUGCAGAAAAAACCCAGUUGAACCUGCUCUUGAAGAACGCAUUGGGAGAAAAGACACAGUUGCAAGAGGAGAACAAAGAGCUGAAGCAACUUCUGACAAGGUACAACCUUACCUUGCAGACUGCAAAAGAAAACCAGCUGAACCAGCUCUUGCUCUUGGAAGAAAAAACACAGUUGCAAGAGGAGAACAGAGAGCUGAAGCAGCUUCUGAACUCCACUUGCCCAAACGUCACCUUUCCAGAAAGUAACUGUGGCCAACUGAAGCUACUCAUGAAGGCAAUACAUUACAACUUCACCUUGUUGUCUGCAGAAAAUACCCAGCUGAGCCUGCUCUGGAAAGACACAAUGCAAGAAAAGACACAGCUGCAGGUGGAGAACAAUGAGAUGAAACAACUUCUAGACUCCACUUACCCAGACUUCAACCUUCUAGAAAUCAAGUAUGGCCAACUGAAGCUGCUCCUGAAGAACACAAUGCAAGAAAAGACACAGCUGCAGGUGGAAAACAAAGAGUUGAAGCAUCUUCUGAACUACACUUACCAAAAUCCCACAAUCUCUGGAAAUGAAUAUGACAGGCUGCACAUGCUCAUGAACACAACACAGUACAACUUCACCUUGUUGUCUGCAGAGAAAUCCGAGCUGAUCCUGCUCUUGAAGGAGACAAUGCAAGAAAAGACACAGUUGCAAGAGGAGAACAAAGAGCUGAAGCAACUUCUGAACUCCACUAACCCAAACUUCACCCUUCCAAAGUGUGGCCAACUGAAGCUGCUCAUGAACGCAACACGUUACAACUUCACCUUGUUGUCUGCUGAAAAGACCAAACUGAGCCGGCUGUUGGAGAACACGAUGCAAGAAAAGACACAGUUGCAAGUGCAGAACAAAGACAUGAAGCAACGUCUGCAAGUUUGCUAUCAAAACUUUACCUUUCUGGAAAGUGAGUAUGGCCAACUAAACCUUCUCAUGCUCGCAACACAGUACAACUUCACCUUGUUGUCUGCAGAAAAAAGCCAGCUGAGCCUCCUUCUAAAGAACACGAUGCAAGAUAAAAAUGAGCUGAGCCUGCUCUUGAAGGACACUUUGGAAGAAACAACACAGUUGCAAGAGAAGAACCAAGAGCUGAAGCAACGUCUAAUAAUCUGUUAUCAAAACUUUACCAUUCUGGAAAGUGAGCAUGGCCAACUGAAACUGGAAAUAAAUGCAACACAGUCCAACUUCACCUUGUUGUCUGCUGAAAAAACCCAGCAGAACCUGCUCUUGACGGACGCAAUGCAAGAAAAAACACUUUUGCAAGUGCAAAACAAAGGCCAGAAGAAACUUCUGCAAAUUUGCUAUCAAAACUUUACCCUUCUGGAAAGUGAAUAUGACCAUCUAAACCUUCUCAUGCAUGCAACACAGAACAACUUCACCUUGUUGUCUGCAGAAAAGACCCAUCUGAACCUUCUCUUGAAGAACACAGAGCAAGAGAAAACCCAACUGAACCUGCUGUUGAAAGACACAUUGAAAGAAAAAACACAGUUGCAAGAUGAGAAAACUAAGCUGGAGCAACUUCUGAACACCAACUAUCAAAAAUUAACCCUUCUGGAAAGUGAGCAUGGCCAACUGAAGCUGGUAAUAAAUGCAACACAGUCCAACUUCACCUUGUUGUCUGCAGAAAAAACUCAGCUGAACCUGCUCUUGAAGGACACAUUGCAAGAAAAAACCCUUUUGCUCGAGCAAAACAAAGACCUGAAGCAACUUCUGAACCACACUUCUCAAAAACUCACCCUUCUGGAAAGUGAGUGUGGCCAACUGAAGCUGGUAAUGAACGCAACACAGUACAACUUCACCUUGUUGUCUGCAAAAAAAAGCCACCUGAACCAGCUUCUAAAGAACACGAUGCAAGACAAAAAUGAGCUGAGCCUGCUCUUGAAGGAUACUUUGGAAGAAACAACACAGUUGCAAGAGAAGAACCAAGAGUUGAAGCAACGUCUGAUAAUCUGUUAUCAAAACUUUACCAUUCUGGAAAGUGAGCAUGGCCAACUGAAACUGGAAAUAAAUGCAACACAGUCCAACUUCACCUUGUUGUCUGCUGAAAAAAACCAGCAGAACCUGGUCUUAAAGGACACAAUGCAAGAAAAAACACUUUUGCAAAUGCAGAACAAAGGCCAGAAGAAACUUCUGCAAAUUUGCUAUCAAAACUUUAGCCUUCUGGAAAGUGAAUAUGACCAACUAAACCUUCUCAUGCAUGCAACACAGAACAACUUCACCUUGUUGUCUGCAGAAAAGACCCAUCUGAACCUUCUCUUGAAGGACACAGAGCAAGAGAAAACCCAACUGAACCUGCUGUUGAAAGACACAUUGCAAGACAAAACCCAACUGAACCUGCUGUUGAAAGACACAUUGAAAGAAAAAACACAGUUGCAAGAUGAGAAAAGUGAGCUGGAGCAAGUUCUGAACACCAACUAUCAAAAAUUAACCCUUCUGGAAAGUGAGUAUGGGCAACUGAACCUGCUCAUGCAUGCAAUACAGUCCAAUUUCUCAUUGUUGUCUGCUAAAAAAACCCAAUUGCAAGAGGAGAACAAAGAGCUGGAGCAACUUCUGAACACCAACUAUCAACAAUUAACCCGUCUGGAAAGUGAGUGUGGCCAACUGAAGCUAGUAAUAAACGCAACACGUUACAACGUCACCUUGUUGUCUGCAGAAAAAAAACAGCUGAACCUUCUCUUGAAGAACACAGAGCAAGAGAAAACCCAACUGAACCUGCUGUUGAAAGACACAUUGAAAGAAAAAACGCAGUUGCAAGAUGAAAAAAGUGAGCUGGAGCAACUUCUGAACACCAACUAUCAGAAAUUAACCCUUCUGGAAAGUGAGCAUGGACAACUGAAGCUAGUAAUAGACGCAACACGUUACAACUAUACCUUGUUGUCUGCAGAAAAAAAACAGCUGAACCUUCUCUUGAAGAACACAGAGCAAGAGAAAACCCAACUGAACCUGCUGUUGAAAGACACAUUGAAAGAAAAAACGCAGUUGCAAGAUGAGAAAAGUGAGCUGGAGCAACUUCUGAACACCAACUAUCAAAAAUUAGCCCUUCUGGAAAGUGAGCAUGGCCAACUGAAGCUAGUAAUAGACGCAACACGUUACAACGUCACCUUGUUGUCUGCAGAAAAAAAACAGCUGAACCUUCUCUUGAAGAACACAGAGCAAGAGAAAACCCAACUGAACCUGCUGCUGAAAGACACGGAGCAAGAAAAAACCCAACUGAACCUGCUGUUGAAAGACACAUUGAAAGAAACAACGCAGUUGCAAGAUGAGAAAAGUGAGCUGGAGCAACUUCUGAACACCAACUAUCAAAAAUUAACCCUUCUGGAAAGUGAGCAUGGCCAACUGAAGCUAGUAAUAGACGCAACACGUUACAACUAUACCUUGUUGUCUGCAGAAAAAACCCAGCUGAGCCUGCUUUUAAAGAACACAACGCAAGAAAGAACACAGUUGCAAGAGGAGAACAAAGAGCUGGACAAAUUUCUAACUUCUAUGCAGGACAAGUAUAACCUCGUGGUGGAGGAUAACAGAGAACUGGAACUGCUUCUGAACAAAUCAAUGAGCAUCAUCCACGUGAUGUCUGCAGAAAGCAAAAACCUGCAGCUGCAGUUAAGCAAUGAACAACAAACCUCCAUGCAGCUGCAAGCAGAAAAUCAACACAAGCGUUCAAUCCUCUUCUCCCACAGACUGUCCUUCCUCUGGAGAUACUGCGACAAGGACACGCUGCAGUGUUCUCGCUGCCUGCCCGGCUGGACGGAGUACGAUUCACGCUGCUUCUUCCACUCCCGGGACACACAGAAGUGGGAAAAUGCUCGCAGGACGUGUAUUGACGUGGGGGGAGACCUGGCUGUUGUUUUGAAUGCCCAAGACCAGGCAUUCUUGACCAACAUGACCUUUCAGUAUGUAAAGAAUAACCCUAAUGAUCUCGUCCACUCAGUGUGGAUCGGGUUGCAGGACAUGGUGAAGGAGGGCUCCCACGUGUGGAUCAAUGGCAAGAGAGUCCAUAAAAAUCUUAUUUACUGGAGGGACAAGGAGCCGAAUAAUGCCAUAGCUGAAUGGGACAAAGAGCGGCUAGGACAGGACUGUGUUGGGAUUGUCCCGCCAAAACAAAUCGGAGUCAAGAAUUGGUUAAAAUCCUGGGAUGACGUUGUCUGUGUUGGCAAACGCCACUACCUGUGUGAGACCAUGGCGCUCAUUCUGACCUGACAGACAGCAAUGAAGAUGUAGGAUGUCGGCGUUUGUCGGUGAAGAUGUGGAGGGACAAUUAAAUAUUAAUAAGUGUACAUAAUAACAAUGGUUACAUAAUAAAUGUCGUUUUC